AUGGCACCUUCGGUUGCGGAGAUCCCUCAGACAGAAAUUUUGGUCCCCAUCAAGACCAAUACUGAAAUACCGAAAGAGAAGCCGAAAGUGAGGAGAGUUAUUGAUGAAGAAGGUGGAAAAACUACUGCAACCUAUCCACAUUAUCUUCCCACCUGGGAUCAUGGCGAGAAAUAUAAUCCACUUGAAGCGUUUACUCAUGUUGACCACGGAAAAUAUGCCGAUCAGUCAUUCAAAGAUCUUCUACAAGAAGGAUCCCAUGUUCAAAAGCUCACUCCCACCAUCGGUUCUGAAAUUACAGGCGUUCAACUGAGCAGCCUUACAUCCGCAGGAAAGGAUCAGCUUGCUCUCCUUGUUGCUCAACGCAAAGUGGUGGUUUUCAGAGAUCAGGAUUUUGCUGAUCUUCCAAUUCAACAAGCUCUCGACUUUGGAGGAUACUUUGGCCGUCAUCAUAUUCAUCCUACAAGUGGAGCCCCGGAAGGAUAUCCUGAAAUUCAUCUCGUUCAUCGCAGUAAUAAUGCGUGGGAGUACGACGCAUACCUGGCAGAAAAGAAUAGUAGUGUAUCCUGGCAUUCUGAUGUUACAUACGAGCAACAGCCACCGGGCACAACAUUCUUGUACAUCCUUGAUGGCCCAGAGGUGGGCGGUGAUACCGCCUUCGUGGACCAAGUCGAGGCAUACCGGCGCCUUUCGCCAGCUAUUAAAGAGAGGCUGCACGGACUGAAGGCUGUUCAUUCUGGAGUUGAGCAAGCCGAGUUCAGCCGCAAGCUUGGUGGAGUUGUGAGACGGGAACCAGUGAAGAACGAGCAUCCUAUUGUUCGAACUCAUCCUGUGACUGGCGAGAAGGCGCUUUUCGUCAAUAACGGCUUCACUCGCAGUAUUGUGGGAUUGAAAAAGGAGGAAAGCGAUGCUCUAUUAGGCUUCUUGCUGGCUCAUGUUGGCCGUGGGAUUGACUACCAGACUCGGAUUCGAUGGGCACCCAGGACAGUUGUUGUGUGGGAUAAUCGUGUUACGGCUCACUCCGCAAUAAUUGACUGGACAACCGGCGAGCGACGUCAUUUAGCACGUAUCACACCACAGGCCGAGCGUCCAUACGAAACACCUUACGUGGCGCAGGAAAGCUAG